CAAAUUCCAUUAAAUAUUGUGAACAUUUAUUCACAAUAUGCCGUAAAAUUGGACCUAAGUUUCAAUAUAAUAGACAAUUUGGAUGGAAUUGAAAAGUUCACAAAUCUUAAGGAAUUGAUCCUUGAUAAUAACUUAAUUAAGGAUGAUUCUAUUAAAUUAUCAUAUAAUUCAUCGCUUCACACUUUGUCCCUAAAUAAAAAUAAGUUAACAGAUCUGGAAAGACUAUUAACACACUUAUCGGAAAAGUGUCCCAAUUUAACAUUCCUGAGUUUGUUGGGAAACAACGCCUGUCCCGACCAGUUGUCCAACAAUUCACACAAUGAUGAGCAGGACUAUGAAAGAUACCGUCGAUAUGUCAUCUAUCGCUUACCUUUUCUCAAAUUCUUGGACUCAACUCGAGUUACGGGCGAAGAGAGAAGAGAUGCGAACCUAAAGGGACAGUAUUUGAGAACAAUUCGACCCAACGAUCAAAUGGUGCUUACGGACCACUCAAACACAGAUACACUGGCAAACACUCUGAAGGCAAUCGCUUUAUAAGAAAUCACGAGUUAUAAAACAUUUGGUUAACAAGUUUUAUGAC